AAUGUGGCAGUGUGGAGUAAGGGAGGGGUGAACUGAUGGUGGUUUUAGCUGUGGAUCUACACACACAGAGGUGUUUAUAUGCUGUAUGUAUGUAUAUAAGACAGUGUUAGAGCAGAGACUCACAGCUGACACUGAUCCUGGAGGAAAGACGAGCCACAAACAUGAUGGAGUUAAUCAUCAGAGGAGAUUUUUUCCUUUAAGAGUCUAUUUAUUUAAUUUAUUUUUCUACGUUUGUUUGUACUUGAUAUUUUUGUAGCUACGUUUCGGCCCCGGUGCCGAUCUUCAGGGAGAGUGAGGAUGGAUCAGGCGAAUAUCCUGAGGAAGUUCAUUCAGGGGGUUCAGGCCAUGCGAUCAGGGGAGCACAGGGGAGAGGAUAACUUCAGCUCCGACUUCAUGAGAUUACGCAGAUUAUCGACCAAAUACAAGACGGAAAAAAUCUAUCCCACGAAUGUUGGCGAGAGAGAAGAAAAUGUGAAAAAGAACCGAUAUAAAGACAUACUGCCAUUUGACCACAGUCGAGUGAAAGUGACAUUAAAAACAUCCAAUCAGGACACGGAUUACAUCAACGCAAACUUCAUUAAGGGAGUGGAUGGACCUGAAGCCUAUAUUGCCACGCAGGGCCCAUUGCCCAACACUGUCCUUGACUUCUGGAGAAUGAUCUGGGAAUACCAUGUCGCCGUCAUCGUUAUGGCAUGUCGAGAGUUUGAGAUGGGCAGGAAAAAAUGUGAGCGGUACUAUCCCCAGUUUGGAGAUGAACCCAUGUCCUUUGGCCCUUUCAGGAUCUCCUGUGAAUCGGAACAAGCUCGAACAGACUAUAACAUUCGUAGCCUAACAGUUGAGUUUGACAAUGAGUCUCGUCGAAUAACCCAGUUCCAUUACAUCAACUGGCCGGACCACGACGUUCCCUCAUCAUUUGACUCCAUAUUGGACAUGAUUGCACUGAUGAGAGAAUACCAGGAGCAUGAUGAGGUUCCUUUGUGUGUACACUGCAGUGCUGGAUGUGGGAGAACAGGUGCCAUUUGUGCCAUUGACUACACAUGGAAUCUGCUAAAAACUGGGAGAAUUCCUGAGGAUUUUAAUGUAUUUCAGUUGAUUCAGGAGAUGCGGACGCAGAGGCACUCGGCAGUCCAGACGAAGGAGCAGUAUGAGUUAGUCCACAGAGCUAUCGCCCAACUUUUCGAGAAGCAGCUGUUGCUGUUGGAGAGUCCGACCAAUUCAGAGCUAACAGAUGGCAUGGAUGAAGGCAGUCCGGAAAAGCCCAGCCAGAAUUCCGAUGAGGACCAAUGGGACACGCCUCCACCCAAACCACCACGCAUUCGGAGUUCUCAGGUCGAAGGCGACGUCCAAGAGGAAAUCCUGCAGGCCCCCGAGCCUCGGCCAGUGCCCCCCAUCCUCACUCCAUCACCACCUUCGGCGUUCCCCACGGUGAGCGACGUGCGCCAGGAGAACGAUCGCUAUCACCCCAAACCCGUGCUGCACUUGCUGGCUUCUGAACACGAACCCGACCUCAACAAGAACUACAGCGGAGGCCCUCAGGGAGUUUCUGCCAUGCCUGCCUCCGUGCCCGCCCCUUCCCCUUCUCCUCCAGAGUCCAAUAAACACGCCCCUCUGAGCGUGGAGAUCAAGAAAGUGCCCUUGCAGGAGGGACCACGUAGUUUCGAGGGCGGUAGUUCACUGCAACGAACGCAUGCGUUCAAAGUGCGCACCAAUAACAGCUCUCUGUCACAGGAUUCGGAAAACCCGCCCCGCCCUGACCACUUGCCUCUGCGCACCAAUAAGGGCCAGGUAGUCUGGACACGCUCGACAGACCCCGUACCUGUCUCCAGCCUGCCCUCUCGCCCCAUUCUUGAGGGUGCAGGUGCUCCCCUCAGGACCGCUCUGAGCUUCACCAACCCGCUGCACUCGGACAACUCGGACCCGGAGCCUGAGGACGGAGACGACUUGCUGCCUGAAUCCCAUCACACCGAUUCCAAAUCUAGCGUCUCUACAGCGACCGGCAAAGUUUCAGCACCCCAUGAUGACAGCGUCCCCAGGAAGGUUACCUCAAUGUCCAUAGUCGGCGUUUGCUCAAAGGCAGAUGCAGAGACAGACAGUGACGAGAGUGAAGACUCGCCUCCCCCUCUUCCUGAAAGAACCCUUGAGUCCUUCUUUUUGGCCACAGACCCAGUGGAUGUGCAGUUGGAGUUGAAUGAAUGUACAGGAGCAUUAGGAGACACCUCCUUCCAGAGAGCACCGAACACACCAACAAAGCAUCAGUCAGAAAGAGGGCAGGAGAAUGGAAAGCACUCUGACACAGGGACCAUCAACAAAGCAGAUGCAAGAACGGAAUCCGAGACCAUUUCCCAGAUGGGAUUCGGCAGCCGCUGCACGCAACCCAAAGGCCCGAGAAACCCGCCGUCCGAGUGGACAUGAUCAAGGACCUCCGAGAGUUGACCCUUAAUGCACAGUCACAUGCACACCGAUGUAAUCUCAUCACUGCUCCCCUGUCCUCGAAGUGUUAUCAGAGAAAGAGAAUCAAAGCGUCAGUCUCUCAGCACCAUGCUUUAGUUUCCAAACAAUCAGUCUGUGAUUGAUUCAGAUAAUCUUCCGUGCUGCGGUCACGCUCUCCAGGUGCUGUAUGUGCACUGACUGCCAUGGGCUCACUGCAGUGGUGCUACCCGUUCUCACUCGGACCACAAUCCUGUUUUUCCCUCAAGCCAGAUCGCACAGCGCAAAACUCUGAAUGCGUUGCUGUCCUGGAACUCAUCACCUCUUUUCUAUACAUCGCAACGACAACUUCUAUGACAAUUCAAUAAGAGAGAUAUCUAUAUAAAUAUAUACACACACCCAUAGGGACCGAGAACUACUGUCUGUCUGUUUUUGUUCAUUUAUAUUUUGCUUUUUCCUGCUAACUCCUUGAUAGCCGUAUACAUAUUGUUUUAUAGGUGUAAAAAAUGUGCUGUUGCUAAAUAUCCUUAUUAACAGAAGAUGUAAGAAGUCUGUGCAUGAUGCCCCCCCCAUGUACUGUGACCUGUAAAUUAUUUGCUCCUGUUAUCAGUUGUUUUUGUUUUGUUUUUCUAGUUUGUUUUCCAAAAUUUGUUUUAUUGGCUAUUUUCUGAGAUAUCACGGCCUCAAGAUUGUAAUAAUGCUUUUUGUAAAUUGUAUUCCAAAGGUUAUUUUUGUAUAUGCUCUUUUUUUUUUUCUUCCCCCCCCUCCCCUCAUGAACCAUCUCCCGUUAUCACUGGCCUCCAAGCCUCACUGUGCCUUUUUGCAUGCAUCCUGUGCGUGUGCACACUUGCACAUGUGCGUGCACAGGCGUGAAAGAGGGAUUUACAUCACAUUCAAGCCUCUGGGAUCCUUCUCAACAACCCUGUUAAUAUGUUGAAUAAAUCAAUCAAUUUCUCAGUAAAAAAAAAAAAGAUAUGAAGAGGAACGCA